AUGGCAUCCAAUAUUCCCUGCCGGUCAUUGCGAGCGCUGGCCUCUCCAGCAAGAUCCUCCACACGGAUCGCCAGCGUUUCCACCACGCGACGAAGCCUGUCCAGCACGCCGCAUCGCCGCGAAGAGAACCAAGCCGAUCAAGCAGAAAAGCCGCGCUGGAUGUACACUCCCCCUGGCACAAAGGCCCCCUUCAGUCUUCAUUUACACAGCAAACGCCCCAAUUACCCUGUGAACGAGGACCAAGAAGUACUGGACAAGUUUUAUAUUUCUCUGUUGGGGAGCGGAGGUGACAAGGUUCUGUCGGACAAGCUCAAAUGGCUGGCGGUCACGCACAAGAGCUUUGAUCAGGGCCGACGAGGCUUUAACGAUCGUUUGGGAAUGCUUGGUAAACGGAUAGUGCACCUGCAGGCAUCGUUGAGUCUGGUGCAAAACCCAGGAAACUACAAGCACCCCAUCCCGCCGCUGGACCGUUCAGAGACACGGCAGCCCUUUGAGCACCCGGCCCUGGAAGGCCUCGACAAUCUUUCCUAUAAUUCUCGGGGCUGGGUGACGCACAAGCGGCAAAUGGUGCAAUUGGCCCAAGAUUACAAGUUGCUCACAGUCCUGAGAUGGCAACCAAAAAAUCCUCGUGACCUAGUUGUUUCCGGCGUCGAAAUCGUCCUCGCCCAUACCCUGUAUGCCAUUGUUGGAGCCAUCGCAGUCGAGCGAGGCGGUGUCGAGGCGAACAAGUUUGUGCAAGAACGAAUCUUAGCGCCGCAGGGGCUGUCGAGUUCUUGA